CCAGUAUUCAUUCCCGUUCCAAAUUACUAUUGCGGCAAUGUUGAACUAAACCCACCACCAACUGGAGCGAAUACUGUAACCUCAUUCUAUUUGGCCCAUAUUUUGAGCCCUUAGGUUUGAGAUGUCUAGUUGCGUUCAUGCCUUUUCGAUUCGCGCACAUCUGCGAUCUCCUUGAACGGUUAGACCAGGUUUAUUCGCGAUAUCCACCAUAUCUCCCAAAGGAUGCUACACAGAAGUCACGGGACGCUGUUCUAUAUUGGUUCAAGAAGCAUGGGCAAAAGAUCAGACACGAUGCAAAUGGCUUAGCUUUGCUAUCGACGCUGUUCCCUGAGAGAACCCAGAGAGUGCACGAGUUGGACAGCAAAAAUUUGGAGAAAAUAAUUUGCCGGGCGUUGUCGCUGCCAUCUUCACGAGUUACUGACCUGUCGCGCUGGAGGGAGCCUGGAGCGGGAGUGGGCGAUUUAGGUGCAUGUGUAGAACGGGUGGUGAAUCAAGAUGUAAAAGAGGAAACUGCCGUGCAGUCACGAGCAAGCGGAGUUACUAUCGAAGAUAUCGAGCAAGUGUUGGUAUCCUUUGCUAGCCAGACUCCCCUUUCACCACCACCCGCGAGACCAUUGGCGCUUGAUGGGACGUGCGGUGCUCGGACAGCGUCACUUGGCAGAUUGUACCAGCGACUGCCAGCUCGCGAGUCCAAAUGGCUGACUAGACUUAUUUUAAAGAGCUACUCGCCAAUCAUUGUUCCGGACCAUCUGGUCUACAUGUUAUAUCACCCAUUCCUUCCCGACUUGUUGGAAGUCGAACCGGAUUUCUCAGCAGCUCUAUUCCUCCUCCGUGGAAUGAAUAUUCCUGCCUUGGUCCACUAGGAGUAUGCUUCCCUGGCCGAAACGCCAAGGUAAUAUAUGCACCAUCAGACAGGAGACUAGCGUUUGGAGAAUGAAAUUCGAUUCACAGUAUAUCAUGAAAA